GUCGCCCCAGGAGGCCCCUGGAGCAGGGCCGCCCCGUGCGCGCAGAGCCACAGGAAGUCGCCUGUCUGGGUUCGCACCGCCGGCCCCGGAGGAGCCUCUGUGCCCACACACGUCGGUGGGUCGCGGCGGGUGUGCCCUGGAGGGUGCCUGCGCGUGUGGCCUUCCCGCCGGGGGAUGCUGGCCCUGGGGGCGGGGGACACCGACCUGCAGCCCCGGGGGGCCCUGCCCCGGAAAGGUCCCUCACUCUGCAGGGUGGAUGGGUAGAGAGGCUGGGGUCAGAGGAGCGGUCUCGCUCUCUCUCGGGUUGUUUCUAGGACGCCCCGUCUCCGCAGACGUGUCUGGGGAGGCCAUGCCACUCCCCACUUCCCUUCCCAGAAACUACCCCGGCAGCCCUGAGCCGGCACAGGUGGCGGUCCCGGCACCUGCGCUCUGUCGUCCGCCAACCCUGCCACCUGCCUGCCUUAAGGUCGGGGGACAGUCGGCCAGGGCUGCCCCCACUUUCCCAUCUGGAGCCGGGAAGCUUGGAGGUGAGGGGGUGAUGGGGGGGUCUCAGAGGGAGUGAGCGUAUGGUGGGGGGAGUCUCAGAGGGGGUGAGGAAAUGAUGGGGGGGUCUCGGAAGGGGUGGGGUGAGAGGAGGGUCUCGGCGGGCGUGAGGGUAUGAUGGUCUCAGAGGGCGUGAGGCUGUGGUGGGGUCUCGGAAGCGUGAGGGGGGGAGCUCAGGGGAGCAUCCUGCCAGAGGUGCUUUGUGAGGACGAUGAUCUGGAAGGAGAGCCGCCCUCCGUGUGUGUGGGGGGGCGUCCAGCGUGGGCAACAAAUGGAAAGCAACUUGGGGUCUCCUCCAGGGCCGGGACUCGCACCUCAUUCGAGACCCUGAAACCCACUUUGUGGGCUGGGACCGGCGCUUGAGAAAGUAGAACAGCAAAGUUUGCGCGCCGUAUUCCCGCCGCGGGGAUCUUGGCUCCGCGACGCUUCGGUCACCCACGUGCGUCCGUCCUGGAUCCUGGAGUAUUUCUUGCACAGGGCCCCGGCUCCAGAGGCCUCUACGGUGCUCAGGCCCCAGGGUCUGCACCCCAGUCCCUGCCCCAGGUCCCGCUCAAGGCGUCUGUGGGGCCCCGGGGGCCGUGGGGUGGGCCGGCCUCCCAGACCCGACCCCAGGCCCCUGUCGGGUCAUUACAGAGGUGCCUCAGUGCAGAAUCCAGGACACCUUUCCACUGGCGUGAGGAGGCAGACUGAUGGCGCCAUCAGGAAGUUAGCGGUACCCGGGAGGUGCCGCUCCCCUCCCCCCCCACCCCCCAGCAGGAAGCUCCCAGCCCGUGUCACUCAGCGCUCUGCGCUGGCCGUGCGGCAGUGGGGCCACUAGGACACUAGGACAGCGGGGGCCCUGCUCUGGACACAGGUCCCCACGCCAGGGCCAGACACAGGCAGGACGUGCGGUGCCAUCGGUGGCUUCCGGACGGCCCCGUGCCACUUGGGCUGGACCCGCGACCUGACUUCCCGGGCUUGUACGGGAGGCGCCCCAAGGACACAGAUGCGGGCCCCCCGAUCUGGCCAAGUGUUCGGGACCCCACCGGGUACCUUCAAAACCAUGCCAAGCCCUGUCUGGGACGGUGAGGAGAGCUCGGGCCACACCGAGGCCAGCCUGACCAUGAACGGUACCUGUCACUCCAGUGAGCUCACCUGGCCCUACUGGGUCAAGAACAUCGUGGACGCCUACGUGGGCCUGCUGCUGGCGCUGGGGCUGCUGCUCAACGGCCUGGCGCUGUGGGUGUUCUGCUGCCGCCUGCGGCGGUGGACGGAGACGCACAUCUACAUGGCCAACCUGGCCGUGGCCGACCUCUGCCUGCUCUGCGCCCUGCCCUUCUUCCUGUAUUCCCUGAAGCAGAGAACCGAGGACACGCUGUUCUGCCAGCUCUCCCAGGGCGUCUACCUGACGAACAGGUACAUGAGCAUCAGCCUGGUGACGGCCAUCGCCGUGGACCGCUACGUGGCCCUGCGGCACCCGCUGCGCGCCCCCGCCCUCCGCUCCCCGCGGCAGGCCGUGGCCGUGUGCGCGGCGCUCUGGGCGCUGGUGACGGGCUCGCUGGUGCUCCGGUGGGCCCUGGGGGUGCGGGAGGGCGGCUUCUGCUUCCUGAGCGUCUCCCGGCAGAGCUCCAACACCACGGCCUUCUCCCUGCUGGGCUUCUACCUGCCGCUGGCCGUGUUGCUCUUCUGCUCCCUGCAGGUGGUCGCUGCCCUGGGCCAGGGGCCGGCCGCCCACACGGACCAGGCAGAGGCCACCCGGAGGGCCACCCGCAUGGUCUGGGCGAACCUGGUUGUGUUCGUGGCCUGCUUCCUGCCCUUACACGUGGUGCUGGCGGUGCGCGUGGCCGCGAGCCGCAGCGCCCCCACCCCGGCCCUCUGCUACGCCCUCUACGUCACCAGCAAGCUCUCAGAUGCCAACUGCUGCCUGGACGCCAUCUGCUACUACUUCACGGCCAAGGAGUUCCAGGAGGAGGCGUCGGCACUAGCCUCCGUGCCCACUGCCAAGGCCCACAGGAGCCAGGACUCUUUCUCUGUGACCCUGGCCUAGGACGCAAGUCGCGGGCACGCGGGCCGGGUCCCGGGCUCUCCGGGAGGUGCUGCCUGCUGGGGGCGCCCCGGCUCACCGUGGAUGGGGGCAGGCUCCAGGGGGCCUGGCAGGGUGGCGACGACCCAGGCACGGACCCCGCGGUGGUGAUGCGCCCAUCCCCGGGGUGGAAGAGGGUGGGAGGACUGAGCGAGGUCAACCCCUGGGGCCCUGAGAUCGGGCCAACACCUGCAGUGCCCAGGGUCUGGUACCCCUGGGGUACUGGGGUGGACGCUUGCUCUGUGCCUGGAGGCCUCGAUGGCCAGCUUUCUGCGGCCAACCUACAGCGGUUGGAAUAAAGCUGUUCCCCUGACCCUCUCA